GGACUUCCCUGGCGGUCCAGUGGUUAGGACUCUGCACUUCCACUGCAGGGGGCACGGGUUCGAUCCUAGGUUGGGGAACUAAGAUCCUGCAUGCCGUGCGGUGCGGCCAAAAAAAAAAGAAAGGUGAAAUUGUGCCUUUUCUUAGGCCAGUGGUUCACAAACAUUAACAUGCAUCAGAAUCACCUGUAAGUCUCGUUCAAUCACAGAUUGCUGGGCCUUGCCUCAGAGUUUCUGGUUCAGUAGGUCUGGGGUGAGACCAAGAAUUAACAAUGCUAAGAAGUUCCCAAGUGAUGCUGCUGCUGCUGGUCUGGGGGCCACACUUGGAGAACUGCUCUCCCGGAGCAUGUUUUUCAGAGUGGUCUAAGGCUUUGCUGCUGCUGCCUGUACAACACUUGGGACAUUGGUUAAAAACGCAGAUUCCUGGGCUUCAGGCCUAUUGAUUUCGGUUGGUGGGAUGGGAGAGAUGCAGAAAUGGUCAGGAGUCUGCAUUUUCACACUGAUGUUUGUGAACUACCGUUCCUGGUGGGAUAUAGGAAGUUUUAUCGUUUUAUCUGUCCACAACCUUAAUUUUCAUUAGCGCUAUAUCUGUUUUAUUUCCAAGGCAGGACUUUGCAUAGCCCGUCUGAGUUUUAAUAGCACUUCCAGCCUCUGUGCCACCCGGCUUCUAGCCUCACCGAUGUGGAUUCAUCACACCAUCUCUGAAACCUCAGCAGCCAUCCCUGUGGGGAAACAUACGCAGCCAUGAUUUUUCAGUGCCCAUCACGGAACAUCUAAGACUAUGUAAAACAGACCAAAAAAAGUCCCAGGUGGUGUCUAAAUCCCCAAGGAGCUCUCGAUCUAAUGGGAAAGCCAGUAAGACAGAAAGGGCGUAAAGCAGAUGUUAAAUUGUGACUGAGUAGGAUACACCGAAGGCUGUAAAAGGGAGGGAAGUUUCUCGUGAGUAGCUGCCCAGAAAAGUGGGAUUGGUGCUCUAACUUGGAAGGCGAGUAGGAUCUCAGAUGGCCUUGGAGUCCAAGAGCUCCCUUGGGCAGAGGGAACAGAGUAGCAGGUGAGGAGUUGCAGCUGAGUCUGAGAUUCGCGAGGCUGGAGGAAGAGACUAGGACUCCCACUCCGCCCUCUGACCCCAAGGGGCCUGGCUUGGCUGCUUUGUGCUUCAGGUGGGGCCCAGAGAAAAAUGGCUUGUCAGUCUGUCCUGAGUAUCCAGAGACUUGGUUAGGAGGAUAAUGGGAACAGAUGAGAGCUGCUACUUUGGCCAAGGGAGGGUCUGGGUAUGUUAAGAAACCCCGUUGAAGUCUGUUGGGGUCUCCAGGGAUGGGAGGGCUUCAGAACCAGAGGAACAGACAUAAUAGGCUAUCAGCUUGUCCAGAAAAAAAGGCAGUCUCAAGAUUUUUUAAGAAUGCUUAAGGGCUUACCUGGCGGCGCAGUGGUUCAGAAUCCGCCUGCCAAUGCAGGGGACACGGGUUCGAUCCCUGGUCCUGGGAGAUCCCACAUGCUGCAGAGCAACUAAGCCCGCGCGCCACAACUACUGAGCCUGCGCUCUAGAGCCUGCGAGCCACAACUACUGAAGCCCGUGUGCCUAGAGCCCGUGCUCUGCGACAAGAGAAGCCACCGCGAUGAGAAGCCCGCGCACCACAACGAAGAGUAGCUCCCGCUCGACGCAACUAGAGGAAGCCUGCAUGCAGCAACGAAGACCCAACGCAGCCAAAAUAAAUAAACUAAUUAUAUAAAAAUUUAUACUUUUAGGGGCUUCCCUGGUGGCGCAGUGGUUGAGAGUCCGCCUGCCGAUGUGGGGGACGCGGGUGCGUGCCCCGGUCCAGGAAGAUCCUACAUGCCGCGGAGCGGCUGGGCCCAUGAGCCAUGGCCACUGAGGCUGCGCAUCCGGAGCCUGUGCUCCGCAACUGGAGAGGCCACAUCGCCCGGACUUGUCACCUUGCUCCUGGUUUCUUUAAUCACAGCGUUCAAGAACCUGAAAUACUCGCCCACGCAUAGGUGCCAAGUGAGACAACUUUCUCCAUGCAACAGCGCCUUUUUCUUCCCUUCCCUUCGCGGCUGACUUCCACAGGGACCCCAUGACACCUGCUCCCACGUGGAGCGCCCCGCUUCCUCCAGUCCUCCCGCCCGGACGCCCUCUCUGUCAGGCCCUCCCAGCUGUGCUUCCUGCCGCCUCCACCUAGCCUGGGCUCCAUCUUCUGCCUUCAGUCCAAGCCUCCCUGUAACCACACGCGUUGAUUUCUUUCUUCCGUUCCUCCCAACUAAAAUCUCCUUUCUCCCCAGUUAAAUGGUACCCAUCCUACCAGACCAGCUUCACAUCCUCAUUUAUUCCCUGAAGGCUUCUCUGGCCGCUGUAGCCCUAAGUUUUCUCUGAGCUCUCUGUUCCACACACUUUUGCCCUUUCACUCUUCCCUGAUGGUUGCGUGUGAACCAGUCUUGUCUCUCCAGCUGUGUUGUAGGGCCCUCGCGGCGGGUGGGGGUGGGGGCGCGGUGCAUUGUGCCCCUCCUGACCCCAGCGCUCAGCCACAAGAGUGAGCUCACGGGUGCUGCCAUGAGUGCAGGGAGGGCGUGAACUCUGACGGUGAGUAAUACAAUGGGAGAUGAUAGUGUGGGGAAGGGGGCUGGUGGGGGGCUUCUUACUCAGAGACAGGAAAUCCCUGGGGGAGAGGAGGGAGCAAUUAGGCUCUUUGUGGAUUAACCCAGAGCGCCUUCUGGGUAGGGUUGGGCCAGGCCCCUCCCCCGCUCCCAGGUGCUGGCCCCCAGCCCCACCUGGCGGGCAGCUGACUUCUUAAAAGUUCACCCAAGGAGCGGAGGAGGAGGCCACCAGGAGGACCGGGACGAUGAGCGCUGAGCAUGGACAGCCACAGCAGUCCGGGGGCCGGAGGGGCCGGAGCUCUGGAGACAAGAAGUCCAAAAAGCGUAGCCGGCGCAAAGAAACCUACUCAAUGUAUAUCUACAAGGUGCUGAAGCAGGUGCACCCCGACAUCGGCAUUUCCUCCAAGGCCAUGAGCAUCAUGAAUUCGUUCGUGAACGACGUGUUUGAGCGGCUGGCCGGCGAGGCCGCCCGGCUGGCCCAGUACUCGGGCCGAACCACACUGACGUCCCGGGAAAUCCAGACAGCCGUGCGCCUGCUGCUUCCAGGGGAGCUGGCCAAGCACGCUGUGUCUGAGGGCACCAAGGCCGUCACCAAGUACACCAGCUCCAAGUGACCUGGGGCCCAACCUUAAUAAAGGGUGAACUGCUCCCUCGUGCUGUGGUGAUUUGAAAAAGGGAUAGGUGAAGGCAAGGUGUGCUGGGGGGCAAGGGUGUCGUCACUUUUUUGGCUCCCAAGGUGGAAGAACACUUAUUCAGACCUUUAAAAACUGCUUUCUGGGGGCUUCCCUGGUGGCGCAGUGGUUGAGAGUCCGCCUGCCGAUGGAGGGGACACGGGUUCGUGCCCCGGUCCGGGAGGAUCCC